AUGAGCAAGAAAAUCCACGAUGCUGGUUCUGACUCCGACAUGGAGGACGGUGGCGCUAAGCUGAAUGCACCCACGGUUCGCCUGACUCCCCGAUCAACCGAUGCCAUGGAUGUAGAUGUCCCACCAACUCCUGCCGACAAAAGACAGGCAGCAGCUCUGGCUCGCGCCGAACGAGCUGCGCGUAGAAAGCAAAUCCGUGAGGGGUUAACGCCAGGAGGCUCCCAAAUCUCCUCCUUAGCCAGCACACCAAAUCCCGAGUCCCAACCCGCAUCGCCUGCGCUCAAAGCUCAAGAAAAGAAGACAAGGGGAAAGAAAGCGACAAGAAAGAGCACGGGCAUGGCUGAGAAGAAGGAAGAAAAGCCAGAGGACAAUGCGACGACAGAAACCCCAGGCGAGGCCGCCACAGCAGCAGAGCCCGCAGAGCCCGCAGAGCCAGCAGAGUCCGUAGAGCCCACAGAGCCAGCGACAGCGCCUACUCCUACUCUUGCAACGGAUGCCGAGCCGCUCCCCUUCGUACUCGAUGUGAACCCCACCAAGGGCAAUAUCGCCGACAACACAAGCGCGUCCGUGGCCGGCGACGCCACAUCCAUUGCCCCCAGCUCGAUGUUCGGCGGCGACAGCCAGAUGGGAGGGCCCAACCGCGCGGCUAGGCGGCGGCAGAUGCAGAUUGACAACCAUCGCAAGGUGAUCAAGAAGCAGCUCGGCAUUCCCACCGAUUCGGACGAGCGCGCGGAGGAGGUGGACGUGCUGCUCAAGACCUGGGUCGCCGAGUUUGACGAAAAGAUCGAGGCGCGGGUGGCCAAGAAGCAGGCCAAGAAGAUUGCGUCAAGGGGACAAGCAAGCGGUAAGCUUUACAAAGGACUAAACAACAAGAACGAUGAGAAGCAGAAGCAAAUAAAGAAGCAGAAACAAAAAAAGGCCCUACGAGACCGGCAGGGAGGCAACUAG